UUUAAAUUUGAAAAUUUUCACAUGAACACUAUAAAUCAAAUUAUCCCGAGCUACAUAGUUGAGAGUAUCUGAUAGGCUCAUCAUACUUGAUAUAUGAAGAUAAGUGCAAAUAAGGAUUGGAAAAUUCUGCAGGUUAAUGGACACUGCUGCUUGAAUGCUUUCCUGCAAAGGAAGCAUCAAUACUUGCAGAAUCUGCACUCUAAUAAACAGAAGAAUAUAGCCACAAACCUCCAUUAAAAAACUGAAAACUACAGGUCUAUCCCACUGAAAAAAGUUGGGAAUUUUUAAAUAUAGCAACAGCCAUGUUACUCCAUGUUAGAUCUCACUUGAGCUAUAGAAGAAGCAGAUUCCAAUACAGGAAGCUUUUCUUUGAAGUUCUUUAAACCUUGACUUUGCUUGGAUUAGAAUAGAAGUAAUCUAUCUGGUAAAAAUCCAGCUUUCUUAUUCUAUUCAUUCUUUCCAAAACAAAAUCAUCUUACCAAACACUGAAUAAGGCUUCCCACCUAAGUGACAGACAUUCCACUCCUCCUGCAACCAACACAUUAUCCAAAAACAUCCCUGUUUCUCAUACAUCCCUAAGUGAAAAAACAUAACAGAAGUGAAAUUCUCAUGUGGGAAACCAUGGGAGCGAAAUCGGAUUUAGCACAAAAGCUAUUGCAAGACCUGCGGCUAAGGAAGGAGAGACUGUCAUCUUCUCAGAAUUCAUCACAAUCACAAUCAAGAGGUAAAUGAGCAGCCGGGAUAGAGUAUCAACUGUAAAAGUAUGAUGAUAUUUUGCAUUUAUUCAUGAACUUUGCAUAUCCACUUGGCAUCUGGAUGUGGUUGUGUUUUAAUUUCUAAUUGGUGUACUCAAAUGCUUCAUAUUAUGAAAGUGUGAUGUGUUUCAUCUGUUCAUCUUUGUCGUGUGAAACAAACAGGGAAAUAUGCAAAUGCUGGACAAUCCCACAGAGGUUCUCAGACAUCUUCGGCACAGAUUGUUCCUUAUUCUGGAGCUCAAAGGGUUCAAAGUUCAGGAAAGAAAGAUCUUUCCAUGGGAAUCACAGUUUCCAUUGAAAAGCGAGACAGUUUUGCCAAACUGAACUCUUCAUGCAAUAAUAAUGCAGUGUAUGGAGUUGUCCAUCAAUUUGGGCAGAGAUCAUUUGACUUUAUGGGGAAAAUGGAAAGUAGCCAGUAUGUAACCCUCUCAAAUGUUCAAGUUAGUGAAAUAUCAAAAGGGAUACAAAAGAUAAACAAGAUCCUCAAAACCAGCUAUUCAAAUGGUGGCCAUGUAAACUUUGACACAUACUCUUUUGAAGUAGUAGGGAAGGAACUCUUAAAAGGAGCCAUGGAUUUGGAGUCAUCCCUGAGAAUGCUUGUUGACCUGCAGGAAGCAUCCUCCAAACACAUAAUCACCUCUCAAAGGAAAAACCGGCAGAUAACAUUACUUGAUGAAGAAGACGAAACUAAUAAUGUGAAAACAGCUGUUCAGAAGCAUCAAGACCUUCCGAAGUUUUCAUUCGAUAAUAAGCCAUCCAGAAAAUCAUAUACCAAGAAAGAGACCACAGGUAGUGCACAGAAACUGCUGGCCUUAACAUAUUUUAAGGAUGCUUCUGCAAAUCUGGAGCGCGAAACUUUAUCAACACAUGGAACAGAAAAGGGGAGAAUAUCAAAUGUCAUUGCGAAACUCAUGGGACUGGAUGAGUUUCCCCGAAAUAAAGUUCUGAAGGCCUCAAGACACUCAGCCUCCAAGAAGAAUGAUAAGCCACCUCAUCAUAACAGUGAUCAGAAAGCUGCUGUCAACUCGUCACCAGAAUUGACCAAGCACAGGAGGAAUAAUAAUAUACAUCACAGAGAUAACAAAAUAGCAGAAAAUGAGGCUAUCACAGUGAAGCGAAAACUGGAGAUUCACAAGCCAACGCCAAGUCAUAUGGAGGGCAGACUUCCCCAAACUGUAAGGAAUAAUAAUAGUACUAAUUUAAAAAGUGUUCCAAAGAGGGAGGGGCCUUUACUGAACCGGGCCAAACAUGCUAAACAUAGAGCAGAAGAGAAGCCUAUCAAGGAGAUAGCCAUUAAGAAGAAAGAAAGUCGGAUUCAAACCCACAUCAAAGACACACUCAAAAACACAUUGAAACAACAAUCACCAAUACUGAAGGUGAAGAAACAGGUGAAAUGCCAUGUGGAUAGCACCUCUGGUGUAAAAGGCAAAUUGAGUGAAGAACAUCCAAUUGAAUUGAAAGAAGAAAACACCUCUGAGUUUGACAAAGAAGAAGCUGUACAAGAAAUAGUGCAUUGUGAAUCAAAAGUUUUGGCAUUACAUGUUCAUACUGAAGAUCAGAAAGAUGCAAUGGAAUUACACAGGAGUAGUCACCAGGAUGCAGGGCAAAAUCCAGACAUCAGUUAUCAAAAAAAUUUGCAAAAUCACCAAGAAGGAGAUCAAGAACUUUUCCAAGAUCAAGUUACUAAAACUGUGCCUAUCAUAAUUUCAGGUUCUUAUGCAUUUGUCUUUAAAAGAAAGUACAAAAAUGCCCCCUUUGUUCUUAUUUAACUGUCUAUUUUUAAAUUUGUUACUUUGGCGGUCCUACUUGUCUGUCCAUUUAGAACCAUGGAGCAUUAACAACAUUUUCUCUUGUGUACCAUUAAGAUAAGAAAACUAAUACAUUGGAAAACACAAUUAAUUAAAAAUUAGCAAAUCUUUUAUAAGGGUAAAUUUAGUAAGAAGAUAUACGAUAGUAUAUUGGCAGCAUUCAUUGUUGGGUUGGGUCACUCAACUAGGUCAUAAUGCACAUGACUAGAUGAGCCAAACUCCACUAAAAUACGAAGUACCAAAUAUGGAAACACUGAUAAACUCAUACAAAUGUGUGACUUCUAUCAGUUCAAAGUGAGACUCAUAGUCAUAGCAAUGGCAUCCUAGAGACAGGAGGGUGGCUAAUUAUCUCUCUGAAUGUUACAGAAAACCCACCAGCUAAAUCAGAAACCUGCAGUUCAAAUCCCAAACAACAGAAAGAGCCAUUGACUGAGCCAGAAAAGAAUCUCAAGGAAUCACUUAUCAAAAGCCACUUAUUCCUUAGCACAGCAGAAGCCCUCCUCAAUCUGAACUUACCAGUCAGUGUGUUUUAUGCAAAUGACCAUAUCAAUGAAGGGGCAGAGCGUUUGCUUACAGUAGACUGUGCCUAUGAGGUAAUGAAAAGAAAAGCAAGGAGGCAAGAACUCUCUGCCUAUCCCCACGCCAGAAAACCCAUCACCGGUUUCAUAAAGAUUAGAUCUUUAGAUGAUCUGAUCAAGCAACUGUGCAAGGACUUUGAGAAGUUGACCAGCUUUGACCGGAGUGGCAGUGAAGAAGAUUGUGAGUCAACGCAGUACUUUGAUCCUAUGCUUGCGAAAGACAUGGAAAACACAGAGCCUGACAUAAAUUGUAUGUGGGACCUUGGAUGGGACGGUGGGGCCAUGUUUGCCUUCCUAGAAAAGGGUGAGGUGGCAAAGGAUGUUGAGAAGCAUUUGAUGAAGGGACUCAUUGAAGAGGUCACUGCAGAUUUAUUUUAACACAGUGACGCGGGAAGAAAUGGCCCCCGGGUUCAACAUUUUUGCAACCUAACAGCUCUACAAUGAGCAAAUACCUAUGUUAAGGAUGAAUUAGUCCGACUGGGAUGUUGUGAAUGCGUCAAUUGUUUUAAUUUGCUUGAUUUAUUCAAUUCCAUUCCAUUGAUAUAAUAUUUGAUUUGCAUUUACUUGUGCGCAAAAGCAGUGUGACUCUUUUUGUCUUCUAAAAUUUAUGGAAUUUACAAAAUCGAGAUCACACAAAAAUGUUUGGGACCCUUCUAUUGGACUAGUUUUAACGCGCCAUGCGCGUUUGCUAAAAUGCCCAAGCAUACAUUUGAUUCAUGGCAACUUAUUUCUUUCUCAUGUGUAAAAAAAGUUCUUGAGAUUAA